AUGCCCAAACACUCAUUCGUCCACCGUUUGGCCAUCCCGGAGGCCAGCAUGGGUGUGCAGGUCCGACAGCAAAUGGUACACAAUCCCAUCCAAUGGAUGGUGACCUGCAACUGGGAGAGGGUGUGGCGUUCGCCUAGAUUGCACGGAGUAUAUUCUGUACGUGUAGAGUUGUUCCCCGGUGGUUGCUUAGAUCAAGCCGUGUGGCGCGAUCAUCCGCGAAACAUGCGCCAUUGUCGCCACGGAGCAUUUUACAGAACAUUCAGUGGACAGAGUCUGUACAACAGUCUGGCAAGUCGCCGCUUCGCACUGCUGCAUUCGGCUCAGAUAUGGAUCACGCACUUUCGCCUACUUGUCCUCCCUCCAGAGUCCCUACAAGUUCUGAUGAUGCCCAGUCUGGAAACUCACACCGCCGAGUUGGACGCUCGUUUUUCAACAUUCCGCGAACAAUGGCUUGACCGUAAAUAG